AUGCCUGCUUCCCUUUCAGGGCUUGUUUAUCUCCAGGGGCAGAAUUAUUUAUUACAAGAGGUGGGUGAUAUCCUUCUUGCUCUUUACAGCCACUUGUCGUUCUUCCCGCAAAUGGCUCUCAACGCGACAAUGCGCGCUGUCCUCUGGGCAGGCAUUCCCUUCCAGAUGAACGUUACGGAUAUUCCUGUUCCGACCAUUCAAAGCCCCAGCGACACAAUCGUUAAGAUCACCACGGCAGGCAUUUGCGGCACCGACCUCCAUGUGUAUCAUGGUGUAUAUGGUAGCGCCGAAGUACCAUACACCAUAGGUCACGAAGGCGUUGGGGUGAUUGUCGAAGUUGGCAGUGCUGUUUCCAACUUUCAAGUGGGUGACAGAGUGAUUAUCCCAGACAGUGUUGAUAACAAGGGCCUUUUGGAUGUAACCCGGGUAUCAUACGGCUUAGGCAGCGAUUAUGGUGAUGCGGGUGGUCUUCAAGCCGAAUACGCCAGGGUUCCAUACUCAGAUUCCAACCUCAUGGCAAUUCCAGCAACCAAUGGUACAAACACUGCUGAAUAUGAUAACGAUUAUCUCCUUGUAGGAGAUAUAUGGGGCACCGCUUGGGGUGCUAUUGACUAUUCUGGUCUCCAGCCAGGCGACUCUGUAGCAGUGUUUGGUGCUGGACCCGUGGGACUUCUUGCUGCAUACAGCGCCCUCCUCCGCGGAGCAUCCCGAGUUUACUCCGUGGACCAUGUUCCUGAGAGACUCUCUAUCGCCAAAUCCAUCGGAGCAAUCCCGAUAAACUUCAAUGGUUCAGACCCUGUCCAACAGAUCCUAGAGGAAGAACCAAAUGGUGUAAUGCGCAGUCUCGACUGCAUUGGUUAUGAGGCAGUCGACAUUCAUGGGCAGCCGCGUGAGAAGGAAGUUAUCCGAAACAUGGUUGCUGUCACAGCUGCGGGCGGCGGUUUGGGGCAGAUUGGAAUCUUUGGGGCGGCGACUAACUCGACUGGAACACCUCUCGCAGACACCUUGUCACACACUAUCGAAUUUCCUAUGGCCGACUUCUUCAGCAAGUCUCUCAGCAUGAGGAGUGGGCCAGUCGCACUUGAGCCACUUGCCCCUGGUCUUAUUCAGCUGAUAUCGAGUGGUCGUGCACGCCCGAGCUUCAUUGUCAGCUCCACGAUCGGCAUCGAGGAGGCGCCCGAAUACUUCGCUCGCUUUGACGACCAUCUGGAGACUAAGGUGGUAAUACGAUUCCCGGAUCCAAUUCUCAAGUAAGCCACUAAGUGCUGUCUAGUCUCCUCUUAUUUCGACUUUAGAGGAGCUCCUAUUUGGGAUCUGUUAAAAGGACUACGCUAUAUAACUGCUUAGCAGGCAUAAUUAAAAC